CUUACAACAUUGCUUUUGCUUUUCAUUAAUUACUUUCUCUCUCUUCAAUUUAUAAAAAACUCACCAGAUUUCAUCUUCCUCAUUCAUCUAUCCUCUCUACCACACUUUCCCCAAUCUCUCUCUCUCUUGUUCCAAUAUAGAUAAAACAAAAUCACAAAUGAAAUCGGAGGAACAAAUGAGCAUCAGAUCCAUAUAGACGACAUCUAAAUCUAGAUCUCGAUGCAUCUAAAUCUAGAUCUGGAUGAAAUCGGAGGAACAAAUUUUUUUGGGGGUGUUUUAAAGUUGAAAUCUGUUUUCUCCUCUCUCUCUCUCAAGAAUUUCCCCCUUCUCUCUCUACAUAUUUGUCUCCGCACAAAAUUAUUUUGUGGGUGUUGUAAAGUUGGAAUCUUUAUGUCGGUUUUCAUCUUGGAACCCUAGUUUUUUUGGGUAUUUUUCGUGUGAAUUUUUAGGGUUUUGUUUCAAGUUCUGAUUUUUAGCUCUGCAAUAGAGACUAAUGAUAAUAUUUAAUGGUCAAAUUGAUGGAUUCAAGAAACCCAAACGCCAGAUGAAGACUCCUUAUCAACUGGAGAUUCUUGAAAAAACCUAUGGUUGUAUGUCUCUAACUUUCUAAUAAUUUGUUGGUUUUUGAGUUGUGUUGUAUGAUUUUUUUUUUAAAUUUUUUUUUGGGUUUUCAGGGGUUGUGUGUGUGAUAAAUUUGUUAGAGUAUUAUGUUGAUGUAUUAAUUUAUGAUUAUAAUUUAUAAAGAUUUAUUAUUCAUGUUGUGGAUGAUUAAAUAUAUGUUUGCAGCCGAGAUGUAUCCGUCUGAGGUGACAAGAGCACAGCUGUCGGAAUCCCUAGGGUUAACCGACCGGCAGUUGCAAAUGUGGUUUUGCCACCGUCGGUUAAAAGAGAAGAAAGAAGAAAUUGUUAAAAAGGUAGUCGGGGAACAGAUGGAGGUUUUAAAAUCUUCUAAACGAGAAUUGAUUGUGGCUGAGCGCGAUGGUUCGCGGUCUAUGUCGCGUCAUGAGUCAUGGUCAGGUUCAGGUUCAGAGUCGGAUUCUAGCCGGGAUAAUGAACCCGUGGUGCGUAGCAGGGCGAAUGAGUUGACCCAAGAACCGCUGCCGCCAUAGUGAAGGAGAAAAGGGUUUUUGUAGGUGGUUGAAGAUAGUGGUGAAGGUGCAUGUUACAUUUUUUGAUCAUGUAAAAAGUGGGUUUUGUUGUUACACAUUGUGCAUGUUACAUUUUUUGAUCAUGUAAAAAGUGGGUUUUUUUGUUGUAUAGAAACAUAGUGUUAUUUGUUAUAGAUGUUUUACAGAAACAA